AUGAUGGCUGCAGUUGUAACAGGUGAAUUGAAGGUUCAAAGACAGAAGAAGGGCAAUAAUGUUUCUGCACUUAUAAAAUUGUUCGAAUCGAACCACGAUGACUUGGCCCCGAAGCGUAGGCAAAUCGUGAGCGACUGUGGACGUUACGCACCGCGUGCAGACGUCACCGGGACGUGGAUGCCGGUUCAAUCUUGCGGGGAUAGAUGGCGGGAGAAGAAAAAAGUGGAAAACCCGAGGAAGAAAAUCAUACCCCGCCCAGGAUUUGUAAAGGAACUGAUCGCUAGGUUUGGGAGGCUCGACGCAGCCUGA